AUGAAAAAUCAGAGUUUAGUUUGGGUAAACUUCAUCGAAGUGUCAAACAAAGCAAGUGGAAAAACUGGAUGUCGAGCAGAAUGCCGAAAAUGUGGAAAAAGUAUGCAGGGUUUGGUGAACAGAUUGAAGAAACAUUUGAAAACAUGUAACACAGAUGUGCUACCUAAUCCUUCAAAGGAACACUCAUGUUCGAAUUCAGAACAUGUUGAAAAUGAGCUCGGGCCACCCUUGUCUCCGGGUCCGAGUCCAUCAAAGAAGAGGAAACUGGAACCAAAGCCAAUUGCUUCAUAUUUUUCACUUACUACAAGUGAGCAAAAGGAGAAACUAGACAAGCAGAUAGCAAGGGCAAUGUUCGCUACAAAUUGCCCUUUUUAG